UCGGGCUCCCCGGGGGAAGGAGCGGCAUGGGCAACCUGUGCAGCUGCGGCCGGCCCUGGAAGUGUCCUUCGCCUUUCAAAAGAAAGAAGGAAAAGCAAGGAGCUGAUGGGAGGCAUGAGGCUCAGCAGCAGCAGCCUGGCAGGAAGGUCCCCACGUAUGAAGAUGUCCCAGAUGUCCCUGUCUACACCACGGUGAGCAAGCCCAGGGGCGUGCAGCAGGAUGACAGCAUCCACUACGCCGACAUCCAGGUGUUCUCCACGGCGCGGGAGCGCUCGGCGGCCGAGGUGAAGAGCCUGCAGCUGCAGAACGCCACCGAGUACGCCACCCUCAACUUCCCCAGGGCCAGGCUCAAGUACGACAGCAAAAAUGGGACCUUGGUCUAACAGGCUUGGUGGCCUCGUCCUCCUCCUUCAGCAGGAAAAGGAGCUCACGGCUGUAGGUCCAAGGAAACCUCGCGGACACGUCUGAGAUUUUGGAGAGGUGCGUCUGCCGCCUCAGCGUUCUCACUGGGGAGUUUCCCGUCUGAUUCUGCUGGCAAAAAAACGCCUCCUCCCCUCGGGAGAGCUGCCCUUGGAGCUGGCAGCCCAGCUCCUGCCAGCCCUGCGGGGUGGCACAGCUGCUGCUGGGCUGGUGAGGGCUCAGGGCUGCGGGCAGAAAAUCCCUGCAGUGGCACAGCCCCGGCCGAGUGCUGCCUUUGGGAAUUCAGGAAUGGAGUGCUGCCUUUGGGAAUUCAGGAAUUCUGGACUAAAGGGACGUUUUUGUGUCGGUGUUGAAGCUCUGAGUGUGCAGAGUGACACGUGGGUGGUGCUGUGAGGAGAGGAGACCUCCAGCAGGAUCUGCUGCUCUGUCUCCUUCCAACAGCUGCUCCUGGAGGUGCAGCCAGGCCCUGGGUGCAUCCCCUUGCCCCAAAAUCAGUGUUCUACAGCCAUGCACAGCAGCUGGCAGCCAGAAAUGCAGAAUUAGGAGGGUAGAGAACAAUUUCUGUCACUGAUGGGCUGUUCAGAGGUGCAUCCUCACUCCUCUGUGCAAACAAGCGAGGGGUGAGCUCCUGGCUCUGACUGGAAGUGAAACAAGGGAAUAUUGGCAAUUUAGCUGCAGAUCACUGCCUGCAUUUAGGGCAGUUCCCCGAGUCCAGCAGCUGCCUGGGAUACUGGGAAUGAAUCCUGGGCAGCUUCAGAGAGGACUUUGGGCUUUGCCUCCACUUUUUCCUCCUUUUGUGCUGUCAGGCCUGGUUGUAAACCCCAGUGACACAGAGCACACCCCACGUGGGGCUGUCAGCUCUGAGAAUCUGUUUCUGGGUUUGAAAUAGUGUCAGUAAUUCAGUGUAGCAAUGGUCCAAACUGGGCAGCACUGGCAGGGCACCAGGGCUCCCCAAACCCCAUCUUCAGGCACUAAAGCAAGGCCUGGCACAUUCUGCUCCUCAGUCUUGCAGAGCAGAUUUUGGGGCAGCUCCAGUCACUGGCAGUGUCUAGAAAUGGUUCCUUUUACAAACACCCAGAACUUUGCAUUUUAUGGCUCGGCUGGGUGGGAAAAGCACAAAGGAGUUCCUGCUCGUGGUGAAAAAUAAAGCUGCUCUGGGCUGUGACUGCCAAGGUGGAAGUGUUUUAGGACCAAUCUUCCCAUUUUUUUCUACAUAUUUUAAUGAGUGCCUGAGCCUCUGGCUCUUUAUCUCCCAUUCCCCGAGGAGCUCUGGCUUCCACACCACCCUCAGGGCUGUUCCUGGGAGUACAGCUCAUCCUAGAGACAAUUCCAUGCUCCCAUUCCGGUGAUUUUCCCCAGGCUUUCCAUGGGGAAUUGUGGAAGCCACAUGUUCUGCGAUAGAGAUCUUCCCGAAGGACUCGGUUUUGCACUGAAUAUUAAAAUCUGUACUUCCCGCGGUUGCCACGUGUGCCAAACGAGCGUUGAUGUAUCAUUAAAGAUGCAAUGUUUAGUUUUAA